GAUGUUACGUGGUUGCUGAUUGUGGGUGGAGGACACACACUGUAACCAAAGCGAAGGGUCCAGCCAGGGCCCAUCUUGACCCGGAUAGUAUCUGAAUGGCCCAGUGACGUCCCAAUGUCCCUGGCCCUUGGUUCCUUAGGGAUGCCUGGUUUAACAGCUCUGUAUGGCCUGGAAGAGGUGUGUAAGAUACAGCCUGGCGAGACGGUUCUGGCUGACUGCACUCUACGGUUUGGAGGAGGUCUGUGCCAUCAAAUCAGGAGAAACCUUACUGGUGAAUGCAGCCGCAGGGGCGGUGGGCUCUGUAGCCGGUCAAAUUGCCAAACUUAAAGGCUGCAAGGUGGUGGGAUCAGCAGGAGGUGAUGACAAGGUGGCAUACCUGAAGGAGCUGGGCUUUGACCAGGCCUUCAACUACAAGACUGUCCCCUCACUGGAGGAAGCACUGAAGAAAGCUUCACCUGAAGGAUACGACUGCUACUUUGAGAAUGUGGGAGGGCCCUUCUUUACAGCAGCACUGAAAAACAUGAAGCCAUGUGGUCGUAUCGCUGUCUGUGGUGCAAUAGCCACAUACAAUGACACAGCACCUCAGAUGUGUCCUUAUCCUCACCGUGAAAUAAUAACACGACAACUGAUGGUAGAAGGCUUUAUGGUGAGAAGAUGGAGACACAAAGAUGAAGAAUCUGUCAAGAGAAUGCUUAAAUGGAUGAAAGAGGGCAAGCUGAAGACGAAAGAAGUGGUCACUGUUGGCUUUGAAAACAUGCCGACUGCCUUCAUGAAGAUGCUGAAGGGCGAUGGACUUGGGAAGGCUAUUGUUAAAGUCUGAAGAAAUGCACAUGAUGUAUUUUUUUUAAAACAAAAAAAUGAAUAAUUAGCCUAUAUACACAUAAAAUACAGUGUUCUGUGUCUAAAUGGUCCAGGGAACCAAAUUAAACCCAUUACUUGUCUACUAAGUGCUUUUUGUAGUAGAAACUAUGUUACAACAAGUGUCAUUAUAUUAACUGUCUGCAAUAUGUUUACAAAUAAAGCCAUGUAAAGCCUCAGAA